GGGCGGCUGAGGGCGGCGGGCGGCGGCGGGCAGCGGCGCGCAGGGCAUGCCAACCGCCUCGCCCCGAUGUUUCACUGGGGCAAGUGGAAGAAGAGGAUGGGAGCGAGCGCCUCCUCCUCCAAGAGACCGGUCUUCGACGAGCGGGAGGACGUGAACUUUGACCACUUCCAGAUUCUCCGGGCGAUUGGGAAGGGAAGCUUUGGCAAGGUGUGCAUCGUGCAGAAGAGAGACACCGAGAAGAUGUACGCUAUGAAGUACAUGAACAAACAGCAGUGCAUCGAGAGGGACGAGGUUCGCAACGUCUUCAGGGAGCUGGAAAUCCUGCAGGAGAUCGAGCACGUCUUCCUGGUGAACCUCUGGUACUCCUUCCAGGACGAGGAGGACAUGUUCAUGGUGGUGGACCUGCUCCUCGGCGGUGACCUGCGCUAUCACCUGCAGCAGAACGUGCAGUUCACGGAGGAAACGGUCAAGCUGUACAUCUGUGAGAUGGCGCUGGCCCUCGACUACCUCCGCAGCCAGCACAUCAUCCACCGGGAUGUAAAACCAGACAACAUCCUCCUCGAUGAGCAAGGUCAUGCACAUUUAACAGAUUUUAAUAUUGCAACAAUAAUUAGGGACGGUGAAAGAGCAACUGCAUUAGCUGGAACAAAGCCAUACAUGGCCCCGGAGAUCUUCCAUUCCUUCCUGAGCGGCGGGACGGGCUACUCCUUCGAGGUCGACUGGUGGUCACUGGGAAUCAUGGCAUACGAGCUGCUGCGGGGCUGGAGGCCGUACGACAUCCACUCCAACAACCCCGUGGAGUCUUUAGUGCAGCUCUUCAGCACUGUGAGCGUUCAGUACUCGUCUGCCUGGUCAAAAGAGAUGGUUGCUCUGCUGCGGAAGCUGCUGACAGUGAACCCUGAGCAUCGCUUUUCCUGCCUGGCCGACAUCCAGGCCUCGGCGUACCUGUCCAGCGUGGUUUGGAGCGACGUCUGCAGGAAGCAAGUGGAGCCAGGCUUCGUCCCCAACAAGGGCCGCCUGCACUGCGACCCCACCUUCGAGCUGGAGGAGAUGAUCCUGGAGUCCAGGCCCUUGCACAAGAAGAAGAAGAGGCUUGCAAAGAACAAGUCAAGGGAUAACAGCAAGGACAGCUCACAGUCUGAAAAUGACUAUCUCCAAGAAUGCCUUGAAGCUAUCCAGCAAGACUUUGUCAUCUUCAACAGAGAGAAGCUAAAGAAGAGCCAAGAGCAGCCCAGCGAGUCCGUGUUGCCCCCUGAGACCACCGAUGAAGGCGAGACGGAGGCCGAGGCCGAGACCUCCAACCUGACCAUGUGCAGCUCUGUGUGCUCCACGGCGGGCAGCAGCUAGGCUGCAGCAUCCUGCGCCACGCCAGGAGCAUCCUCAGGUCGUGCUGAGCACCACAGGGUGUCCCCCGACACCCCGCAGCACCCACAUGGGUCUUGCAAAGCUGUAGCAACAGAGACGGUUCUCACAGAGCUGCACCCUGCAGUUAUGGAUCACCAGUGGGCACAUGGGCUGCCUGCCGUGGGUAUGGGUACUGCUAUGCAACGUGUCAGAGGAGGCAGAGCAGCUUCUUCACGUGUCCUUUCUCAGUGUCAGGUUGCUGACCUGAUCUGCACAUGGUUUUGGUACAGUGACAUGGCAAGAAAGGGAGUCACAUCCUUGGGUACAGCCAGGGAAGGCACCGAGCAGGUGUGGAGGAGGCCGAAUGGGGGGGUGUAAGUUUUCCGUUGGCAUUCCCUGUUGGCAAAGGUGGCUGUGGGGACCAGCAGCCCUCCGUGUGCAGCACCAGCACCUCUCCGGGCUGUGGCGGGUGGCACCAGCCUCCUGGGAGCCUUGGGCUGGUGGGUCUGGCAGCAUCAGGAUGUCCCAGGCACGUCCCUGUCCUCGUCACCUCUCAGAGUUUCUUCUCCACCUCGGGGCAAACAGCGGUGUUUGUGCACUCCAUGAGUUCUGCAGGGGUUUGGGCAGGAUGUAACGUGCAGGUGAGGUGCAGGAUGUACCUGAAUGUUUGAUUUCUUCACGUGCCUGCUGUGAGUGGUGAGGAGCUGUGGGAACAGACCUCGCUUGGAGGAUGCCGUUUACCACAGGCUCAGGUUUUAUUGGAGCAAAGUGCUGGCCUUGCAAUGCUGCUCGGUUAUGAAUGAUGGGAAGAUCUUAUUUCACCCUUCGAUUCACUUUCUUUCCAGUGUAAACUACAAGUACUGUAUAUAACUUACCAAUUCCUGUUUUAGCUUCUUAAUGAGACAGGAGCUCUUGCCUUGCUCUGGCUGUGGCUGUUGGCUUUCUUCUUGUUUCAGAAGCCUUCACUAGUUGCUUAAUCUGUAGAGUGGCUUUUGGUUGCUGCUGCUGAAGACGAGCGGUGGGUUCCGCUGCACCUUGGUGAUACUCAGGGUUGCAACACGGCUGCGCUCACUGUCACACUGCCAACACCCCUGUGCUGCCAGGUUAGCAGGGUGCAGCUUUGCAUCCUCACUGCCUGUUCCUGGUGCAGAAAUGGGUACAAGAUGUUUUUAACAGAUGCAGACGCUUUCAGGACAAUUUUUGAUGUGUUUUUUGUUUCUGUGAAUAAAAAAGGGAAGCUGGUACAAGACAGUUUAUAUGAAACAUGACACGAUGCAUUCCUUUUCCACAGUUUUAUGUGGAAAUUAGUGCAUGGCUCAAAUCCUGCAGAACCAGAUUCCCACAGGAGUCUGUCCAGGAGGUGCUGGGUGUGCAAGCAUGGCUCCCAGGAGGGAAGCCAAAGCUCUGCCGCCCAUUGCACAGUUAUGUUCGGGACAGAGCCAGGAGGAUGCUGUUGGAUGUGAUGAGCAUCCCGACCUUCGGCCUGGAUAGGGACCAGGGUCACCCUGUGGGGUCCCAGCGCUGCUGUGGGCCCUUGCACAGGGACACCUCAUGCCUUUUGAGGAGCUGUGUUAAUGACAGGCUGCAGGGAACAGCUCUCAGAUGAACACCGUCCCCUGAUCCGGGCUGUGCUGGGGGACCUGCCCUCCCUGCCCUGAGUCAUUUCCAGUCUGAUUACUGGGUAACUCCAUUACCCUCAUCACCCAAUUACCUGCUUCUGCACAUCAGAGCACCUGUGUGUGCCUGUGGAUGGGCUGUGUGCUGCUGGUGAGCAGCCCCUGCUCCUGGGGGGACAGCCUGGUCCUCGCUCCCCUGCUUCCUUGUGAAAAGAGGCUUUGGACAAGGGC